AUGCAGCUCAUUCAUUCAUAUUCUAUCAUUCAAAAUGCUUUUCGCGCCGGAUUCAGCAUGGUUAAAAUUCCUCUGACGAAGUCAACUCUGGGACUUUCACUCGUUCUUUACAAGCAGGGCUUUAUUUCAGCUGUUCAACGCGGGUCUGUAUUUGCUCCAGACGAAAUUGAAAUUCCCCUGACACGUCAAAACAUCAGCACUCGUCGCCUUUGGUUGAGUCUAAAGUACUUUGAAGGGAAGCCAGUCCUGCAGAGCAUUCGAGCAAUAUCAAAACCCAGCAGGGAAGUAACUCUUCAAUUUCCAGCACUAAAGAAAUUUGCUACUGGUUACGAUGUUCCAAGCGCUCGAGGGCUUGAACCCGGAGAGACUGCUGUAGUGUCUACUUCUCGUGGAAUACUUGGUCUUGAAGAUGCUAUUUCUAGCGGGCUGGGGGGAAUGCUUUUGUGCCGAGUGAAAUAA